ACUGUCAAAAAUUUUGUUUAUGUCUCAACAUAACCUGUUCUGUUUUGUGAGUCAUGUUUGUCCAAAAAAUUCCUCGUAAUGUUUAAAAAUACCUUUCAAAGUGGUUUUCUUUCGAUUCUGUACAGUAUCGGUAGCAAGCCGCUUCAAAUCUGGGAUAAAAAAGUAAAAAAUGGCCACAUUAAAAGGAUCACAGAUGAGGAUAUCCAAUCUUUGGUCCUGGAAGUCGUCGGGUGUAACGUUAGCACCACUUAUAUCACUUGUCCUGCCGACCCUAGGAAGACUUUAGGAAUCAAACUCCCUUACUUAGUCAUGAUUGUGAAAAAUCUCAAAAAAUAUUUCACUUUUGAAGUCCAAAUUUUAGACGAUAAGAAUGUACGACGCAGGUUCAGAGCUAGCAAUUAUCAAUCAACAACAAGAGUCAAACCUUUUAUUUGUACAAUGCCAAUGAGACUAGACGAGGGCUGGAAUCAAAUUCAAUUCAAUGUAGCUGAUUUCACACGACGUGCGUAUGGGACCAACUAUGUGGAAACGCUAAGAGUCCAAGUCCAUGCUAACUGUAGAAUUAGAAGAGUCUACUUCUCUGAUAGACUGUAUUCAGAAGAUGAACUUCCAGCCGAAUUUAAACUAUUUUUACCAAUCCAAAAUAAAACACGAACUGCUGUUGCGACGCAGUAAUCACAAUUUUACCACUGGACCAGUCAUUAAGAGUUUUUGUUGUAAUUAGAACUGAAAUUGCGGUUUUUACGUUAUUAGGUAACACAAAAUUGUAUGCAAUUAUCAUUUUAGAUAAAAUAAACUUCAUUUUUCACAAAA